AAACUCUCCUUCAACUUGCCGGCGUUUUUCUACUGCGUGCAAUAGAAUUCGGUGGCCGCAAAAUUGAAUAUUCAGAUCACUCACCUCUCUCUCUCUCUCUCUCUCCUCUGCUUUCUCUCUCUACCUAUGCUUACAGUAUACACACACACAGAGGUAGUCGUAAUCGUUCGUUCACGGCGACAUUUAUUUAGGGAUAUGCGCGUAUUAAUUUGGUGAAGUGGUGAAUUUCUGAAGAUUCUCACACUAAAUAAGCAGAUCGCCGGUGUUUGGGUUGAUCUCCGAUCGGUUUGUGAGAUUCCGAAGAAGGAAUUGUGGUCAAUUUUGGGUGGAUUUGAUUUUUUUUUUUUAAAAGCCCACUGUGAGGUGGUUUUGAAAUUAAGAGAUCGAUUUUGUUAGUCAGCGCUUCGUGGUUUUCAAAUCUUUUUUCUAAGGAUCGGAGCUUCUUAAAUUUUCUUCGGCGGUGACUGAUUCAAUUGAAGCGGCAUAGGAUUUGUAAAUUUCCGGAAGUGAAGAGUUGUUCUGAACUUCCGGAAAUUUUCAGUGUUGUACCUUUCUUGCUGAUGUUUAAGGAGUAUAAAAUACUAUUAUUUGGCUAUUGAGAAGAAAGCAUACAGUGACUGGGGAUUUUGAGGGAAAUCGUAUAGAUUUGGGCGGAGAUGUCGAAUUCAAAGGUGGUGUACGAAGGAUGGAUGGUCAGAUAUGGACGCAGGAAGAUAGGAAGAUCAUUUAUUCACAUGCGAUAUUUUGUACUCGAGUCUAGAUUGUUGGCGUAUUACAAGAAGAAGCCCCAAGAUAAUGUGGUGCCGACCAAGACUCUUCUUAUAGACGGAAAUUGUAGGGUGGAGGACCGAGGAUUGAAGACUCAUAAUGGACAUAUGGUCUACGUUCUUUCGAUUUACAACAAGAGAGAGAACUACCAUCGAAUUACGAUGGCAGCUUUCAACAUUCAAGAGGCACUCAUUUGGAAAGAAAAAAUUGAAUCUGUUAUUGACCAGCAUCAAGAGUCUCAAGCUUCUAAUGGUAACAAAUACCAAUCUUUUGAGUAUAAAUCUGGUAUGGAUAAUGGGAGGACUGCUUCAUCAUCGGACCACGAAAGUCAGUUUAGUGCUGCAGAAGAUGAAGAUGAUUCUCAUCCAAAUUUAUUACGCCGAACAACCAUAGGAAAAGGCCCCCCUGAGUCUGUUUUCGACUGGACGAAAGAAUUGGAUUCAGAAUUGGCUAAUAAUAAUGCUGACAACCAGGCAUUUUCUAGAAAAUAUUGGCGUCUUCUCCAGUGCCAAAAUGGUCUUCGGAUUUUUGAGGAGCUUCUUGAAGUGGAUUUCCUUCCAAAGAGCUGUAGUAGAGCAAUGAAAGCUGUUGGUGUUGUGGAGGCUACCUGUGAAGAGAUAUUUGAACUAGUAAUGAGCAUGGAUGCCACACGUUGCGAGUGGGAUUGCAGUUUCCAGUAUGGUAGCUUAGUUGAAGAAGUUGAUGGACAUACUGCUAUACUAUACCACAGGCUUCAGUUAGAUUGGUUUCCAACGGUUGUAUGGCCUCGUGACCUCUGCUAUGUACGGUAUUGGCGUCGAAAUGAUGAUGGAAGUUAUGUUGUGCUAUUUCAGUCUAGGGAGCAUGACAAUUGUGGUCCUCAACCUGGAUUUGUUCGAGCUCAUAUUGAAAGUGGAGGGUUCAAUAUAUCACCUAUGAAACCUCGUAAUGGGAAGCCCAGGACACAGGUCCAGCAUCUUAUGCAGAUUGAUCUCAAAGGCUGGGGAGUGGGUUAUAUUUCAUCAUUUCAGCAACAUUGUCUUCUUCAGAUGUUAAACAGUGUUGCUGGGUUACGAGAAUAUUUCUCCCAAACUGAUGAAAGGGCGGCAGCUCCCCGAAUUCCUGUUAUGGUCAAUAUGACAUCAGUAGCCACUUCUUCGAAGAGGAGUAAAAAACUCCAGUCAUCUUCUGUUCAUCAGCGCAGCUCUUCACUUGAUCAAAUACACGCAUCAAAUAAAAACGCGAUUUUGAUGGAUGAAGAGUCUGAUGAAGACGAAGAUCUUCAGUGCACAGAUCAAGAGGCUUUGACAUCAGCCAUCGGGAUUGAAGACAAAAAAACUGCCUAUGAAGAAGAAUCUAAAGACCCAAUAGAUUUGUCCAUUUUCUCCGGUAACCUUCGCCGUGACACUCGUGAUAAGGGCCGCGACUGUUGGACAUUAUCUGAUGGAAACAACUUCAGAGUUCGAAGCAAACGUUUCUGUUAUGACAAAUCCAAGGUUCCUGCAGGUAAACACCUUAUGGAUCUUGUCGCUGUAGACUGGUUCAAAGAUACAAAAAGAAUGGAUCAUGUUGUCAGAAGAAGUGGAUGUGCGGCUCAGGUUGCAGCAGAUAAAGGACUUUUCUCUAUUGUUUUUAAUCUGCAAGUACCUGGAUCAACACACUACAGCAUGGUGUUUUAUUUUGUAACUAAGGAAUUAGUACCAGGGUCUCUCUUGCAGUGGUUUGUUGAUGGGGAUGAUGAGUUCCGUAAUAGUAGACUGAAACUUAUCCCAUCAGUACCGAAGGGUUCUUGGAUUGUACGUCAGAGUGUGGGCAGCACCCCUUGUUUAUUAGGGAAGGCAGUUGAUUGCAACUAUAUUCGUGGUCCCACAUACUUGGAAGUAGAUGUGGAUAUUGGUUCCUCAACUGUGGCAAAUGGAGUCCUGGGACUCGUUGUUGGGGUUAUUACGUCACUUGUGGUGGACAUGGCUUUUCUUGUACAGGCUAAUGCGACCGAUGAGUUGCCGGAGCGGCUAAUUGGUGCGGUGAGAGUUUCUCACAUAGAAUUAUCAUCUGCUAUUGUGCCGGUGCUGGAAUCUGAUUCUUCAGACACGCUCAAAACAUAAACGGGUAUCAGUUAGUUAUAGAGGCAACAUACUAUUUCAAUCAUAUACUGCUCUGCAUUUAUUCAAUAUCUUCAACUCUGCUGAUGCAGAGAGAGAAAUACGUUUGAGAAUUGAGUCAAGUGCAGUGAAAUGAAGGUCUUCUCUCUUUUUUCGUAAUUCAUGACUAUUCAUAGAUGUGACGAGUAUUUAUUUGCUCUUCAUUGAUUGUUUGAAUGAUAUACACAUUACAGUUUGAAAAUCG